AUACUGGUGUUUUGGCCCCAAUGCUGUGCCGUAGUUUUGCCGUAAAACAUUGCUAGCUGUCGCAACCUUCAGUCGAGCAGCAGAGGUCACAACAAACGCUCAGUAUGGGAGGUGACCACGGCCACAGCAAGCUGUCCAUGCCAGACUGGCGGCAGUGGAAGGCGGAGGGAACACCACUGGAGUUCACACAGCAGAGACUGGCAGCCAGGGGGCUCAAGGACCCAUGGGCACGUAAUGAGGCAUGGAGGUUCUCAGGCGGCUUCUCUCGUGCUGUGACUCUGUCAGAUGUGCUGCUGAGAGGAUUCAAGUGGGGCUUUGCUGCCUUUACUGUUGCUCUGGCUGUAGAGUACACCCUGUUCCCACCAAAGAAGGGUGGCCACUAGUGUUUUUUCAUUAUCCCUCAAUACCAGAUCAUAAUGGAGUGUAAUAAUACUAUGUAUUUUCUCUUUAUUAAAUGUCUUUUUGAUCACCAA